UAUAUAAGGCCUUCCCUUUCUUCUCUUCUAACUCGGUUUCAAACAACCAAGUCCCUGAAACCACCUCUAUUAUAUUCCUCCCCCUCUUGCUCUUUAUAGAAGCAUCUCAUUUCCAAGCUUUUAAUUCCACAACUCAAUUGGUCUAUAUAUUUAACACUUCUUGUUUUUUAAGCAUUAAUACCUCUUUUCAAGUUCUUGCAUAUAUAUACUUGAAGCAAACAAUCAACGAAAACCGGAAAGGAAAGGAAGGAGAUGGCGGAGAAUGAAUGGUUAAACGGGUAUUUGGAGGCAAUAUUGGACGCGGGGACUGAUAGAAAGGGGUCGACACAGAAAGAACGUAGAGCUGCAAGUAUUGAAGACAGAAACAACUUGAAGAAUACUAGUGUGAGGAAUAAUAAUAAUAAUAAAAUUGAGGAAACGUUGAGUUUUGAGAAGUUUGAAAUCCAGAAAGAGAAGGCAGAGAAGCUGUUUAGUCCCACUACCUACUUUGUUGAAGAAGUUGUCAAUAGCUUUGAUGAGUCUGACCUCCACAAGGCUUGGAUCAAGGUAGUGGCAACAAGGAAUUCUCGUGAGAGGAAUAACAGGCUCGAGAAUAUGUGCUGGCGCAUUUGGCAUCUUGCCCGCAAGAAGAAACAGGUAGCGUGGGAUGAUGCCCAAAAGCUAGUAAUACGAAGACUUGAACUAGAGAAAGGUCGUUUUGACGCAUUAGAAGAUCUUUCUGAACUUUCAGAAGGUGAGAAGGAGAAAACAGAUAAUGUAAAUACAACAGAUUCUCACCAUGUCAUAUCAAGGAUUAAUUCAGUUACUCAGAUGUGGCCUGACGAAGAUAAACCAAGGCAACUUUACAUUGUCUUGAUCAGUAUCCAUGGGUUGGUACGUGGAGAAAACAUGGAACUCGGACGAGAUUCUGACACUGGUGGUCAGGUGAAAUAUGUAGUAGAACUUGCUCGAGCACUUGCAAACAUGGAAGGAGUUCAUCGAGUUGACCUCCUGACUCGACAGAUCACAUCUCCAGAGGUUGACUCUAGCUAUGGUGAGCCAAUUGAGAUGCUCUCAUGCCCAUCUGAUGCUUUUGGAAGCUGUGGUGCCUACAUAGUUCGAAUCCCCUGCGGACCACGUGAUAAGUACAUUCCAAAAGAAUCACUCUGGCCUUACAUACCAGAAUUUGUUGAUGGGGCAUUAAGCCACAUUGUGAAUAUGGCAAGAGCUAUAGGGGAGCAAGUCAAUGCUGGAAAAGCAGUAUGGCCUUAUGUGAUUCAUGGGCAUUAUGCUGAUGCAGGAGAGGUAGCAGCGCGCUUGUCUGGAACCCUAAAUGUACCAAUGGUGUUAACAGGGCACUCACUAGGAAGGAACAAGUUCGAGCAAUUGCUUAAACAGGGCAGACUAACUAAGGAAGACAUCAAUACCACCUAUAAGAUACUGAGGAGAAUAGAAGGAGAAGAGUUGGGACUUGAUGCCGCUGAAAUGGUGGUAACUAGCACAAAGCAAGAGAUUGAUGAACAAUGGGGUUUGUAUGAUGGUUUUGAUAUUCAGUUGGAGAGGAAACUCAGAGUUAGGAGACGGAGAGGAGUCAGUUGCCUCGGAAGAUACAUGCCCAGGAUGGUGGUUAUACCACCAGGGAUGGAUUUCAGCAACGUGAACGCGCAAGAUUUGUUGGAAGGUGAUGGAGAUCUCAAGUCAUUGAUUGGUACAGACAAAAGUCAAAAGAGACCUAUACCGCAUAUAUGGUCUGAGAUCAUGCGAUUCUUCGUUAACCCUCACAAGCCUAUGAUACUUGCACUGUCACGCCCAGAUCCUAAGAAGAAUGUAACUACUUUGCUCAGGGCUUUUGGAGAAUGCCAAGCACUUCGAGAACUAGCCAACUUGACACUGAUCCUAGGUAACAGAGAUGACAUUGAUGACAUGUCCAGUAGCAGCUCUGCAGUACUCACAACAGUAAUAAAGCUCAUUGACAAGUACAAUUUGUACGGUCAGGUGGCAUAUCCAAAGCAUCAUAAGCAACCAGAUGUUCCUGAUAUAUAUCGUCUGGCUGCAAAAACUAAGGGAGUAUUCAUCAAUCCAGCUCUUGUUGAGCCAUUCGGCCUCACUCUUAUUGAGGCAGCUGCUUAUGGUUUGCCUAUAGUUGCUACCAAAAAUGGAGGGCCAGUGGAUAUACUCAAGGCACUAAACAAUGGGCUACUCAUUGAUCCACAUGAUCAAAAAGCCAUAGCAGAUGCUCUUCUAAAGCUUGUUGCUGACAAGAACCUAUGGCUGGAGUGCCGUAAAAAUGGCCUAAAGAAUAUCCACUGUUUCUCAUGGCCAGAGCACUGCCGGAAUUACCUCUCCCAUGUUCAACACUGCAGAAAUCGCCACCCUGCCAAUCGUCUUGAGGUCAUGAAGCCAACUCUUGAAGAACCUAUGAGUGAAUCACUAAGAGAUGUUGAAGACCUUUCUCUUAAGUUUUCCAUUGAUGUGGACUUCAAAGCCAAUGGGGAGCUUGAUAUGGCAAGAAGGCAGCAGGAACUUGUGGAGAAACUCUCACGGAAAGCCAAUUCAAUUAGCAAGCCUAUUGUUAGCUACUGCCCAGGGAGAAGGCAGGUCCUAUAUGUAGUGGCAACUGACUGUUACAAUAGCAAAGGAACUCCUACUGAAACCUUAUCUCUAACAGUCAAGAAUAUAAUGAAAGUUGCAGGCUCCAGGUCCAGCCAAAUAGGUUUAGUUUUAUCGACAGGCUUGAGUUUACAAGAGACUAAAGAAGCGCUAAACAGUUGCCCAACAAAUUUAGAAGAUUUUGAUGCAUUGAUUUGUAGCAGUGGAAGUGAAAUAUACUACCCAUGGAGGGACUUUGGAUUAGAUGAGGACUAUGAAGCCCACAUUGAGUACCGGUGGGCAGGUGAGAACAUUAAAUCAGCAGUGAUGAGGCUCGGUAAACACGAAGAAGGUUCUGAGCAUGACAUUACGCAAUGCUCCAGUGCAUGUAGCUCUCGAUGCUACUCAUAUAGCAUCACGCCAGGAGCCAAAGUACCUAAAGUUAAUGACCUUCGUCAGAGGCUACGCAUGAGAGGCUUCCGUUGCAGUGUUAUUUACACACAUGCUGCAUCAAGGUUGAAUGUGACACCAUUAUUUGCAUCGAGGUCCCAAGCACUUAGGUAUCUGUCAGUUAGAUGGGGAGUUGAUCUUUCCAGUAUGGUUGUUUUUGUGGGGGAGAAGGGAGAUACAGAUUAUGAAGGCCUGCUUGUGGGCCUUCACAAGACUGUUAUUCUAAAAGGAAGUGUGGAAUAUGCCAGUGAGAUGCUUCUUCACAAUGAAGACAGCUUCAGAACAGAUGAUGUAGUGCCUCGAGAUAGCACAAACAUACGUGCAGCUGAAGGAUAUGAACCCCAGGAUAUCUCUGCAGCCUUGGAGAAGUUAGAGGUCAUGUGACAACUUUUGGAUGAUGCAUUUUCUAUUUCACUUAUGGCAAAAUUUUCACAGCUUAAGCAAGCGAGAAAAAGUUUGGUUUUCAUUCUUAUACUUUGUAAAAAAAUCAAGUUACAUAUACAAGUGCAUAGUACAACUAGAGUUCAAAGCACAUGAACAUAUAUAAUAACUACUUUUAUCUGAUAUCUAUUAGAGGACUGCAUUUUGAUGUUCAAUUUUAGUGUACUAUAGAUACAGAAAACACCAUCAUCUACCAAUUUACCUCAUGAAGACUGCACAUGCUUGAAUGUGUUGAACCAAAUGUGCACCUCCAUAAAUGUAGUAAUCUAAGUUGUCGGAAUA